CUCUCGUUUUUGCCGGAAACAUUGUAAGAGGCAGAGUGAGUCUAGUGGUGCAGUCAUUCAUUUGCUGGCCGGCCCGUCGACUGGAUAGUGCAGCAGGCCCUGGUCAGUGCUGGUGUUCGCUCCGUUUGAGACUCAGGAGCCAUGGCGAAGGCUCUCUGGACUCGCGCGGCCCUCGCGGCCUGCUUAAUAAUUUUGCUGAGUCUCGGCUCGGACGCUGACGCCGUCGACGCGCGCGCCAGACAACGCGGGACGCCCAAGAGGAAGAAAGAAGCUAAUGGUGCCAAAUCAGACUUGUCAACCUCUGCUUCGUGGUGGAACGGCCACGAAAGCGGCGGCGCCGACUUCUUCAGCGGCGGCGGCGGCGGCGGCCACGGUUUGGUGCAAAACCACCCCCUGGGCAGCGGCCCCAGUGCCAUCGGUGGCCUCUCGACGGGCUUCAGCGGCAGCGCGGGAGGGUCAGGAUUCGGUUUCGGACCCAGUUCGCACUUCGGUUACGAUCCUCUGACCGGCGUCGGUGAAGAGGCCAACGAACUGCAGAAGAACCCCGCUCUGUCCUCACCCGAAGAGUGCGCCAGGGCGUGCAGGGACGGCGAACCUCCCCGCACCUGCUACUUCAAGCUGGUCGCUGAAAACUACAUGACCCUUGGCGCGGCUUGUGCUCUCUGUGCACCAAACGCAACAAACGGCUGCCAGUGUGUUUUGGCUGACGGAGUUGAACGCGGCAUUCUGACCCUCAACAGGCAGAUUCCUGCUCCCUCCAUCCAGGUCUGCGAAGGCGACAGGGUCAUCAUUGACGUUGACAACCGCAUGCAGGGAAUUGAAUUGGCCAUCCAUUGGCACGGUCUGCACCAACGCGGAACUCAGUACUACGAUGGUGUUCCUAUGCUCACGCAAUGUCCCAUACCUGAAGGAACCACCUUCAGGUACCAGUGGAAUGCUGACAACCCAGGCACACAUUUCUACCAUGCACACACAGGAACCCAAAAGUUGGACGGUCUGCAGGGCAGCAUUGUGGUGCGGUCGACGCCAGCGCGUGAUCUGCACAGCCACCUGUACGACUUUGACCUGACCAACCACGUGAUGAUGAUCCAGGACUGGAUGCACGAGGACUCGACCGAACGCUUCCCCGGACGUCUGCAGGUGCGUCCCGGCCAGGAUCCCGACACCAUCCUGAUCAACGGCCGCGGCCAGUUCCGCGACCCGCAGACCGGCCUGAUGACCAACACCCCCCUCGAGGUGUUCACCGUGACCCCGGGGCGCCGGUACCGCUUCCGCCUGAUCAACGCCUUCUGCACCGUGUGCCCCGCCCAGCUGACCAUUGAAGGUCACCCGCUGACCGUGAUCGCUUCGGACGGCGAGCCGGUGCAGCCCACCCCUGUCAACACCAUCAUCUCCUUCACCGGCGAGCGCUACGACUUUGUCAUCAACGCUGACCAGCCGGUGGGCGCCUACUGGAUUCAGGUCAGGGGUCUGGGCGAGUGCGGCAUCUCCAGGGUGCAGCAGCUCGGCAUCCUGCGCUACGCCAGGGGCCCUUACGACCCCGUCAACCGCGCCCCCUCCUACGACUUCGGCCUGCCCCAGGGGGUGGUGCUCAACCCGCUGGACGCCGUUUGCAACACCCAGCGCUCUGACGCCAUCUGCGUGUCCAACCUGAAGAACGCGCAGGAGGUCGAGGAGGCCAUUCUGCAGCAGCACCCUGACGUCAAGAUCUUCCUGCCCUUCCGAUUCCUCUUCCUCACCCCCGAACAGGCUUUCAGACGCAAUGCCUACAACAGAUUCCUUGUUGCUCCCACUGGUGAUCACGUCGUGUCUUUGGUGGACAACAUUUCUUUUGUCUUCCCCAAGUCGCCUCCUCUUAGCCAGCCUGAGGACAUUCCUCCCCAGCAGUACUGCAACGGUGACGACAGACCUCCUCAGUGCGGAGCUAACUGCAUGUGCACUCACAACGUGGACAUUCCCCUCAAUGCCAUUGUUGAAGUUGUGCUUGUCGAUGAAGUCCAACAACCCAAUUUGAGCCACCCCUUCCAUUUGCACGGCUACUCCUUCAACGUGGUGGGCAUUGGCCGCUCGCCCGACUCCACCAUCAAGAAGAUCAACUUGAAGCACGCUCUCGACCUGGACAGGCAGGGUCUGCUGCACCGUCAGUUCAACCACCCUCCUGCCAAGGACACCAUCGCUGUGCCCAACAAUGGCUACGUCAUUCUCCGCUUCAGAGCUGAUAACCCUGGAUUCUGGCUUUUCCACUGUCACUUCCUCUAUCACAUAAUGAUAGGCAUGAACCUAGUGUUACACGUAGGCAACCAGGCCGACCUGCCCCCGGUGCCGCCCAACUUCCCUCGAUGUGGCGAUCACUUACCUCCCAUUCAAUUGGCUCACUAGCCACUUGCCUCCCCCGUAAUUAGCUGAGAGAUUUCAAUUUUUGAUACUACUUAUAUUUUAAUAUUUGUAAUAAUAUGCUGUGUCCUAUUGGCUUGUAAUUUCGUGUUUUCCACCCCGGGGCGCUCAAUCAUAGUCAAUCAACUUCGCCCAUUUUCAUUCAUUUCUCAUCAAAUCAUUCAUCAAUUCAUCUCAUAAAAAAUCAUGUCCAUCGUCAUCAUCCUCAUCCUCGCCACACUUUCAUUAUCAUUUCAUAAACUCCCAUAUCUUUAUCUACAUUUUGCCGCAUUUUUCAUUUCAUUAUUUUAUCUCAUGAAAUUCACAUUCCAUUCUCAUUUACAUUACAAAAAUUAUUUUCAUCUUUCACCCAUCGCAUCAUUAACAAUCACAAUCAUUUCCAUAAUUUCAUCAUUUUCAUUGAUUCAUUUUAUCAUCCCAUUGCACCAUACAUUAUCAUUGUGCCAUCAUUUCAUUCAAACGUGGACAGAGAAAUCUGUUCCUCGUCGCUCUCAUUAUUUUCAUUGUUACCAUUAUUAUUCAUUUUUGCGUGUUCACAUUUUGCCAUUUCACACAUCACCAUCAAUUAUUCCAUCCGCAUCUCAUCCCCAUUAAAUCACCUCGUUUUUGCACCCUCUCAUUCAUCACUCACUUUGAUAACGCGUGCGCCCUAUAUAAUUACGCAUUAUUAGACGCACACGCACACAUCAUCAAUCCCAUCCUUCAUCACCAUCAAUUCUCACACUUUUUCAUUCACAUCAAUUUUUCAUAUUCACUCAGACACAACAUUCAUCUUCAUUUUCACGCCAUCCUUUUCAUCUCAUCACUCAAACUAAUUAGGUUUUUUUCAUUUUUAAAUUUAUUUUCAUUUCUCACUUCUACAUCUUCAUCAAUUCACACAUUCUCUCGCUCUCAUUUCAUCAAUUUCAUUAUUUCACGUUCUCCAUCAUUUUCACUUUCCCAUCAUUUCAUUUUCAUCCUCAAUCAUUUCAUUUUUAGUCAUUUUCAUCGUCAUCUCAUAGCUCAUCCACAUUACACCUCAUAUUUUUUCAUAUUUUUUUUCGCACUGCAUUCAUACCUCAUUUUUUCCAUUUUCAUAAAACCCACACCAACUUCAUAGAUGUCAUUUUCAAGUCAUUUCCUCCGCAUUUCCAUCAGUCAUUACAUCAUUACACGCGCACACCUCAUUUUCCCUCAUCUCGUGAUUUUCCAUUAUCAUAUUCAUCUCAUUUUUGCUUCAUCAUUUACAUUUUUUCAUCUAUAUUUGAGACUCCGUGGUGGGAAUCCCCCUUUAAUUUAGACUUUUGUUGAAUAUUUAUUGGCCGGAGACAGAUUUGGAAAAAAAAAACUCCAAUGCGUGCCGGAACUUUGUAGAGCUCGCGUCUCAAACGACGGAGCGAAUUUUGUACUUUUCAAAUUUGGUGAUAUACUUAAAAGGAAACUGCAUGUUGUGUGUAAUUUUAGCUCAAAUUUGUCAUCUGAUGCGCCAUUUAAGUGAUUUAUUUUGUAAUAAUAUUGUAUUGUAUAUAUUUUUUCCAUUUCACUUAUUCGUCAUUGCGAGAAAUUUGCAUAAAUGCAUAAGGUCCUCCUUCUCAAUUCUGAACGUCAUCCUCAUCAUUUUUCACCCCCCAUCAUGUCACCAAACAGAUUUGAGCUGGUUCAUCUUACCUGUAUUAGUAUGGUUUUUUUGUUUAAACUUUAAAACGUUCAUUAUAAUAUUCUCAAGACCCACUCAUCAGUAACCAUCACUUUUCGUAGCCAUCCCCUUACUUUAGUGAAGCCGCAUCGCCAAUUAUCGCCACAUCUUGUUUCACACUCAUCGUCAUCUCUCAUCUUUUCAUCUUGUUGCUUUGUUAUAAAAAGUCAUUCGUCUUAUUGUAUUUUCUAUUUUCGUACACUUCUCAUACUUUUCUUCUUUCAAUAAACAAUAUUGUUAUGCUGUAUACAAUAA